GUGUAAAACUUCUAUUGCAUGGUCUUUGCUCCAACACCACAGUCAAAUCUUUGGAUUUGAAGGGGAAUAACCUCCGAACCGUGGGAGCUGAGGCUUUGGGAAAACUUCUUAGGCAGAACAAAUCCAUCAGGAGCCUUAUCUUGGAAUGGAACAGCCUUGGUGUGUGGGAGGAGGGCUUCUCCUUUUUCUGCCAAGGCCUGGGAGCGAACAGCUUUCUCCAGCGGCUAGAUCUGCGCAAUAACCAGAUCAACCAUCAAGGGGCCGGAGAGCUGGCUGUGGCACUGAAACAAAAUGCCAGCCUUCAGGAGCUGGAUUUGCGCUGGAAUAAUAUUGGGCUUCUGGGUGGCCGAGCUUUGCUGAACUGCCUGCACAGCAACAAGACCCUGAAGAAGCUGGAGCUGGCUGGGAACAACGUUCCUAGUGACAUCCUGAAAGCUGUGGAACAAGCCAUGGAUCACAACCAAGACCGUCAGACUAUCCUAAGUGAGAGCCAGAACCGAACAUACAUACUCGGCAAGGAGGUUUUGAGUCUGAAGGAUGAGAAGACCAAGCAGUUCUUGGAUUUGAUGGACACUAUAGACAAGCAGAGAGAAGAAAUAGCCAGGAGUGACAGGAUGUCAGCAGCACGAGUCAGCCAGCUGCAGGAAGCAUUGGAUGAGCAGCAGUCUAUUAUGAAUUCGCUGAAAGCCAAGCUGCAGAUGGCUGAAGCUGCCCUGGCUCUGUCUGAGCAGAAGGUGCACAAUUUUGGGGAGCUACUGAAUGCCACAAAACAGGAGCAAAUCAGCAUGGCUGAGCACCACUUUACAGAGCUCCAGCAGCAAAAGCAGGAAGGUGCUGAUCGGGAAGGCAAGCUUUUGCGUGACUUGUCUGUUGCCAAUGAGAAAAAUCUGCUUCUAAGAAGCCAGGUAAAGCAAGACUUGACCAACACAACAGCAGAGCUGAAGCUGCGGGUCGUGCAGGCUGAGGAACGCCUGGAAAUGGAAAAGAGAAGAUUUAAACAAAGCCUCGAAGACAUGGAAUCCCUUCGGGUAAAAGAGGUGGAUCAUAUGACACAGCAUAUUGAGGCCAGUGAACGUUCGAUGCAGGACAGGAUCCAGAGGCUGGAGGCAAUCAGGAUAGCUCUGGAAGAGGAGCUGAGCCGAGUCAAAGCAGCUGCACUUGCUGAGCGAGGCCAGGCAGAGGAGGAGUUAAUGAAAGUCCGGAAUCAGGCACGGUUGGAGGAGCAGCAACGACUAGAACACCUAGAAGAGAAGCUGCGGCUGAUGACUGAGUCACGGGAUGAAGCUCAGAACUGCUGCCUUAAGCAAAAACAAAUGGUUGCUGAGGCCCAAGCCAAAGCCAGUCAGCUGAGCCUGCACGCUGAGGGACUCAGAAGGCGGCUAGAGGAACUUCAGCAGGACCUGAACAGUAAGGAAGAGGAGAAAGUGACAGAGGUGAAUAAAGUGAAAGUGGAAUUACAGGAGCAGAUUGGACAUCUGCAGGCUGAACGCACAGCACAGGACGGGCUGAGGGAGAAGAUUGCAGCCCUGGAGAGGCAGCUGAAAGCCCUAUCGAGUAGUCACCGUGAGGCACUGCUGGACAAAGAAGGUGAAAUCUCUAUGCUGCUGGAGAAGCUGAGAAUGAAAGAGGCUGACAUCUCCAGGAUGAGGGAAGAAGAGGCCCAGCGAGCAAGUUUCUUGCAGAACGCCAUCAUGGCAUAUGUGCAGGGCUCCCCCUUGGGAACCCACAGUUCUAGGAAAUGAGGGCGUGGCGUAAAGAAUCCAGAUACCUGCUGUCAGGAGGAGGAUGAGCAACUCAGGUACAGCCCC